GAUUACCAAAGUAUAUCUAAAAUGUGAUCAGAAUGCAGACAGCCCAUCCAUUACUGCUGAUGGUGAUAAAGACACUCCUUUGACAUAUAUAUACCACUUGACAACAAAGUGUGCAUGUCCUGGAGGAUGUAGCGACAGGCCAGUACCAAGUGACCCUCCUACUAAGCCUGGAGGAGGUGGUGGUGGUGGUGGAAAAAGUGGUAAAAGCAGUGUAGCCCCUGGUAUAAUUGGCAUUGUGCUGGUUAUUGUGAUGCUCAUUGGUUUUGUCACUUACUUUGUGAUUGGAGCUGUUGUUUUGAACAGGAAAUUUGAAAAGGAAGGCAAAGAAAUGAUUCCCCAGAAAGACCUGUGGUUCUCAUUACCAUUCCUUGUUAAGGAUGGAUGUGUUUUUACAUUUGGACCUCUAGUGAGCCUCAUAAGACGUAAAGCAGGAAAAGGAGGAGGCGACUAUGAGAAUAUAAAAUAA